GGCGGCGGCGGCGGGGAGCGCGGCAAGAUGGCGGACGUGCUGGACCUACAUGAGGCGGGCGGCGAGGACUUCGCCAUGGACGAGGAUGGCGACGAAAGCAUCCACAAGCUGAAGGAGAAGGCCAAGAAGAGGAAGGGCCGAGGCUUCGGCUCAGAGGAGGGCUCGAGGGCCAGGGUGCGCGAGGACUACGACAGCGUGGAACAAGAUGGGGAUGAGCCGGGCCCGCAGCGAUCGGUCGAGGGCUGGAUUCUCUUCGUCACGGGGGUUCACGAGGAGGCCACCGAAGAGGACAUUCACGACAAGUUUGCGGAGUACGGCGAGAUAAAGAACAUCCACCUGAACCUUGACAGACGAACGGGCUACCUGAAGGGAUAUACUCUGGUCGAGUACGAAACCUAUAAGGAGGCUCAGGCAGCCAUGGAGGGGCUGAACGGCCAGGAGCUAAUGGGGCAGCCCAUCAGCGUGGAUUGGUGUUUUGUAAGAGGGCCCCCGAAAGGAAAGAGAAGGGGUGGGCGCCGGCGGAGCAGAAGUCCGGACAGAAGGCGUCGGUGAUUGAGCCUUAUUUCCACCUGUGUGUUACGAGCCCAAACUUUGGGGGGGCCUGGGAAAAAGGGGGGAGGGUUUAUAUGUUGGGGACGGGGUAUCUGAGGAGCAGCUGUAGAGGUAAAACAGUUAAUCACUUCGGCAAAUUUAAUGUGUGCUUCUUGCAAGGUUUUUUGGUUUUCAAUCGAGAAAACUUAUAUGAAGAAGCAACGUGCGAUGUUCCUGGGGGUUGAUUUCACUUGCGUUUGUGGUGAAUGAAGCUCCUGAGCUUGGUUAGCUUAUCAAACCGCAAAGUUUUUAAACAUUUCUUAGUCUUUUCAUUUUCUUAAGCCUGAAAGUGACCUGGCAUUUUGACUGCUCUUCUUUUGGAGAGAAGUUAUUUUAUACACCACAGGCGAAUGUUCCUUAAAGCUCCUGAGGGGUUUAUUCCAUUGACUUUAUGUUUGCGAGUGACUUCUGUUCAUUUACAGCCUUUUAAAUAACUCUUAUUUUGUGUAAAAUUGUCCUCUUGUUAUUUGUCCUUGAUUAAACAUUCUGAGAAAUUGUAA